AUGAAACGUAGUGCAUCUGAUACGGUGUUAGUGGUGGUUGCUUUACUGCAGGUGGUCGCGUUAUUCCAAGCGGCCGCGGCGGCUGUAGGCGGCCUGGCGCUAGACGACGAGGCCCACCGGGCCCGACUGGCUCGUCUGGCCAGGUCCGUCAACAAGAUGAUCGACGAGUACCUGGGCACCAGGUCAGUAGUGAUGUUCGCAGACGAGGUGCGCCGCAGCGACUUGGGCCAGCGGCUACUGGUCGACAUGGACCACCCCAGGCUGCUGGUGCAGUUGGCGGCGGCCACCGACGCGCGACUGGCCAACGGGCUCGUCUUGUACCUGCAGCAAGGCCAAGCGCAGCAGAACCGGGACGGCCGGUCGACCGACUAUGAUGCUGUGCUGGGCCGGUUGCCGUCCAGCGACCACUCGCGGCAUAUGGUGCUGUGGGACGUCGAGCCGCGGCCGGGCGACCGCGUCGACCUGCACCGCAUCCAAAUGUUGUUCGAGGCGUUCUGGCACCAUCAGCUCAUCGACGUGGCCAUCCUGGUGCCCAUGUCCACCGGAAGCAUACGCGUGUACGUGUUCAACCCGUACACCGCGUCACGGUGCAACGGGGCUGGUCCGCCAAUCAUGGUCAACGUCUGGAGCGGUUGGACAGACGCAUUCGUCAAGCCCGACAAAGUGUUCGGCAUGGAGAACAAGCUGAAAGACUUGCACAAAUGUCCAUUAAAAUGCUUGGGCAUACACAGGCCACCAGUGUCGACAGUAGUACAAACGGAGAAAGGCUUCCAGCUGUCGGGCUCAGGUCUGCGCAUCAUCAACUUCAUGCAGGCGUACAUGAACUUCACCGGUAUCGUGACCAUGGCUUACGGUCAUUCUGGUGUGCAACACAUCCCCGAGAUGGCGACCAUGCCGGACAACGAUAGUUCGCCGGUCGGCAUGAAGGUGAAACAAAAAAAGGUGGACUUAGCAUUCGGCCGGUUCACGAGGAUUUUCGAUAGUGAGUCCGACGUGGAGUUUAUCAAGGAAGACCAGAUGGAAUGCUUCACGUGGGGCUUGCCCAGCGGCAUCGGUCACGACCCGACACUUUGGAUCAACUACGUAGCUGAAUUCUCACUGGUCAUCUGGAUAUUGAUUAUAUUAAGCAUAAUAUUGGCGUUCGGUGUAAUCGUCGCACUCUCGCAGCUCACGUCCGCACUGCAAAGACCGGCGGCUACGGUCCAGUGGAGUCCACUGUUCAUUCUGUUCUACACGUACGGCACGUUCAUCUGCGCUCCAAUCAAGGUCACCCCAAAAUCGUGCGCACUGCAAAUGUUUCUGUCCAACUGGCUGCUGUACAGCCUGGUGGUAACGAGCGCGUACCAGGCGUAUUUGGGCAGUCUGAUCACCAUACCGAAAACGACGCCCGAAAUCAACGACCAGCACACGCUGCUGAAGACCGACUUGAACUUGGUAGGCAGACAAGACAUGUACUAUCUGAUCAACUCGUCGGCGGGCUCCAGCAACGAUUUCAAAGAGUUAGUUGACCGUUAUCAGAUAUUGCCACCCGAAGACUUCGGUCACUUCGUCCAGAGGAUACUGUUGAAGAGAGACACGGCCGUCCUGGCGUCCAAACGCGAACUGAUAUUUUACGCGCAAAGGUACAAGACGAUUUUCAACGACUCGAGACACCUACACGUCUUACCCAAGUGCGUGAUCGAAUCGUACUCGUCGACUUUUAUGCUUCGAAAGGGAUCGCCGUUUCGACAUAGAAUUAGUACCAUUAUGUCGCGACUCUCGGAGACUGGCAUUAUGCAGCAAUGGGAUCGGGCGAACCUCAAAGAAGAGCUGGUACACGGUAUUGUAUUUACCGAGGACACGAUUCUUUCCAUGUCACAAUUUUACGGGGCGUUUGUGGUUUUGUUUUUUGGAUUGAUUUUGGGCUUCUGCACAUUUAUAGGCGAAAUCAUUGUGUACAUUAUAAAUACAUUUUGUCUAAGACAAUCAAAGCAAAUUGUGUUCUUAAACUGACUAAAAAAACAUUAAAAACUAGAUGUUUGAUCUACAUAUUUUAAUAACAACAUAUUUCGAA